UUCUGAACCGAAACCCCAAUUUUUAGAAGAGAAGAAAAACCGAAACCCCAACGCCUUGUUCUCUCUUUCGAUUUGAAUUUGACAUUGAUUGAUAGUUGAGAAGAAAGUUUGAGCUGCUAAAUUGCCAAUUUGAAGAAGAACGAUGGGAAGACCACCCAGUAAUGGAGGUCCAUCCUUCCGUUUUAACGCUGCCGAGGUUGCAGAAAUGGAAGCUAUUCUACAUGAACAUAAAAAUCAGAUGCCAACUCGUGAAGCACUUACAGAUAUUGCAGAGAAGUUUAGUACUACAGCUGAAAGGUCAGGGAAGUUUGUGGUUCAAAUGAAACAGGUGUGGAAUUGGUUCCAAAAUCGGAGAUAUGCUAUAAGGGCCAAGGGUGUCAGAGUUCCUGGAUUGCUAAAUGCAGCACCUAUGCCUAGGCAAGAUCCAACCGUAGUGAGAAGUAUUCCCCAACCUCCUCCAACGGUGGUUCCCCCUUCUACAGUUCCAACAGUGUUAAAGAGUGUGUCGGAUAGUUCUCACAUGGAGUUCGAAGCCAAGUCUGCUCGAGAUGGUGCUUGGUAUGAUGUUGCAAUGUUUAUAUCUCAUAGAUCAGUUGAGACAGGUGAUCCAGACGUUCUUAUUAGAUUUUCCGGUUUUGGCGUUGAGGAGGACGAGUGGGUUAAUGUUCGUAAGCAUGUGAGACAGCGGUCUCUUCCAUGUGAAUCAUCAGAAUGUGUUUCAGUUCUUCCAGGAGAUCUUAUACUUUGUUUCCAGGAAGGCAAAGAACAAGCUCUUUACUAUGAUGCCCAUGUUCUCGACUCACAAAGGCGGAGACAUGAUGUUAGAGGUUGCCGCUGUAGGUUUCUUGUUCGCUAUGAUCAUGAUCUUUCUGAGGAAAUUGUGCCACUUAGAAAAGUUUGUCGACGACCUGAAACGGAUUACAGGCUGCAGCAACUACAUGGUAGAAACGAUCUGGGACCUGGGCAGCAACUGAAGUCCAGUACUUCUAAUGCAGGUAACCAUGAGAAACUCCAUGUUCCUACUGAAGUUCUUCAUAAGCAUCCGGUCCAAGCAGUUGCAGUUAUGCCCUCCCUGUCCCCUCAAGGUACAGUAAUUGAGAGCAUCACAGUUAGCCCAGCAGACGGUAAUAUGGGAAUUUCAAUUGUAACAUCAUCGUCUAAUGCCACUGCCAUGGCAAGUGAUAAUCAAGUAAUUGUACCACCACCUGCUAAUGCCACUGCCAUCGCAAGUGAUAUUCAAGUAACUGUUCCACCACCCGCUAAUGCAGAUAAUGCCACUGUCGUGGCAAGUGAUAUUCAAGUAACUGUUCCACAACCGGCUAAUGCUGCUGCUGUGGCUAAUGAUAGUGAAGUAACUGUACCACCACCGGAUAUUGCAGUCGCUGCUUUGGCAAGUGAUAUUCAAGUAGUUCUAGAAGCGGAUAAUGCUGACAUCUCUGUUAUGGAAAAUGAUAAUGAAGUAAAUGUCCUAGAAACGGAUAAUGCUGCUAACUUCGCUGCUAUGGAAAUUGAUAAUGAAGUAACUGUACUACCUCCAGAUAAUGCUGCUAAUGGCACUGCUGUUAUGGAAAGUGAUAAUGAAGUAAAUGUCCUAGAAGUGGAUAAUGCUGCUAACUUCGCUGUUAUGGAAAGUGAUAAUGUAACUGUACUACCUCCAGAUAAUGCCGCUAAUGACACUGCUGUUAUGGAUAAUGAAGUAAAUGUUGUACUAGCAGAGGAUAAUGCUGGUAAGGUUGCUGUUAUUGAAAGUGAUAAUUAUGAAGUAAAUGUUGUACUAGCAGAGGAUAAUGCUGGUAAUGUUGCUGUUAUGGAAAGUGAUAAUGAAGUAAAUGCUGUACUAGCAGCGGAUAAUGCUGGUGAUGUCUCGGUUAUGGAAAAUGAUAAUGAAGUAAAUGUUGUACUAGCAGCGGAUAAUGCUGGUAACGUCGCUGUUAUGGAAAGUGAUAAUGAUGUAACUGUAUUACCACCGGAUAAUGCUUCUCAUGGCACUGCUGUUAUGGAAAGUGAUAAUGAAGUAAAUGUACUACCACCGGAUAAUGCUGCUAAUGGAACUGAUGUUAUGGAAAGUGAUAAUGGAGUAAAUGUUGAAUUAGCAGCGGAUAAUUCUGGUAACGUUGCUGUUAUGGAAAGUGAUAAUGAAGUAAAUGUUGAAUUAGCAGCGCAUAAUUCUGGUAACGUCGCUGUUAUGGAAAGUGAUAAUGAAGUAACUGUACUACCAUCGGAUAAUGCUACUAAAGUCGCUGUUAUGGAAAGUGAUAAUGAAGUAACUGGACUAGCAGAGGGUAAUGCUGGUAACAUCGUUGUUAUGGAAAGUGAUAAUGAAGUAACUGUAGGACCACCUGCUAAUGAUACUUCCAAUGGCACUUCUGUGGCAGUACCACCAUCAGCAUCGGCUAGUGAAUCUGCUGUGGGAAGUGAUAAUGAAGUAAAAAUACCAUCACCGCCGGCUACUGCAACUGUUGAAAUAAUUGCUGGUCCGAAAAAUGGCACACCAACAGAUGUUGAAGUGCUAAAUGAUGAUGCUGCUGCUACUAGUGGUGGUCCAUUCAUUGUUCAAUCAGUUAACGAUAUUUUUGAUGUACCUAUUGGUACUCCACUCAUUGUCCAACCAGCAGCUAAUGAUGUACCAAAUGCUGACGCCAUUGGUGUAGCAAGCGUUGCUCCUGCAGAACCAGCUAAUGAUGAUGUUCCUGAGACGAGUAUUGCUGCUGGUAUUGUGGAAAAUUUCUCUACAGACAAUGCAGAUGGAGUAACAACCCCUGGUGCUCAGGCGGAGAAUAAUAUCUCGCCUGAAAUUUCGACUGUUGUGUUGGUGGAGACAAGUGUUGUUGUAGACAUGAAUGAAACCCCAGGUAAUUGAAUGAAGUAACUAGUUGUGUAUGUAUGCAUGCAUGCUUAAUUAUUAUUUUUGGUCGACAGGCUAGACUUUUCUAACAUGUUGACUACCAAACUGAAAAAUAUAUAUAUUUGAUGGCUAAACUUGCUUUACUAUAUGCUCUCUCAAUUUGA